AUGAACGCUGACGAACUUGCACAGUAUCAAUACCAACUUGAUCAAGUUAAUCUUGCACUGAAAAACGAUCCCGAAAAUUUAGAACUCUUGAAACUAAAAACCGAUCUAACAGAACUAAUUAGCUUAACGACAACUAUUAUCGAUCAAGAAACUGUUCCACCGACUCCGAAAAGGUCACCUUCAUCUAUUUCGCCUAAAACAAAUUCUACGCCAACUACACCGACCUCAAAUCCAAUACUAGGUCUUUCUAAACCUCUUCAAGUGGGGGAUAGUUGUUUAGCACGUUGGUCGGGAGACGGCCAGUUUUAUCCAGCUACGAUAACGGCUAUUGGUGGUGGUGAUCAAGUUUUUUCUGUUAUUUUUAAAGGCCAAAAGAAAGUCAACGAACAAGUAGCAAAGCAAAAAACUUGGUUGGCAUUUGCGAGCGGUACAGCUGUAGCUCCUGGAAAGAAGACAACGAGAACGAAAAGACUGGUACAACCUCCAAUCAAUAAGAGAAGCAUUUUCGCCACUCCAGAAAAUCCAGAAGGCAAAGUUGGCGUGGUUGGGAGCGGUAAACCCAUGACACAAUUUCAACAACGUGGUAAACAUAUAUUUGAUCGAAAUUAG